UACGCCAUAAUCAUGUCUUCCUGGAUUACCCUCUAAUCCGGUGUCGUGAGUCAGAAGAAACUGCGGGUGUAAUGAUGGGCACCGUGGGUGUAGUGAAGGAGGAAUAUAGACCAUGGGUGUGGUGGGGGUAAGAAUGCAGAAGGCGGGUGUGGUGAGGGAAGAAAUAUAGAACGUGGGCGUGGUGAGAGAGGCGGUAUAGACUAUGGGCGUGUUGAGAGAGACAGAUAUGGGUGGCGUGGUGUGCUACAAGGGGGCAGUGUGUGUGAGAGCGUCGUGCUGGAAGGUAACAGCAUCAGGUGGUGUGUAGCAGCAGUGGUACCACACGUGUGGGAACCUUAAUAACGUCUCAGCUGUCACAGUGUCAGCACACCUCUCAGCUGUCACAGUGUCAACACACCUCUCAGCUGUCACAGUGUCAACACACACCUCUCAGCUGUCACAGUGUCAACACACCUCUCAGCUGUCACAGUGUCAACACACCUCUCAGCUGUCACAGUGUCAACACACCUCUCAGCUGUCACAGUGUCAACACACCUCUCAGCUGUCACAGUGACAUCACACUACUCAGCUAGGUAGUCAUUAAGAGUGAUCACCAUAAUGGGUGUCCAGCAAACCUCGCCUUCGUCAGCCACGUCUCAGCGUUCCUCGCCGCCCCCUUUGGGUAGCAGCAAGUGUCGACGCCCCACUACUCUUACCGUGGGAGCUGCUUCUGGUCCCACCAAGACCUCCCCAACUAGUAAGGCUCCCACCAGUCCCUCGUCAGGAAAACCCUCACCGACUCGUUCCCCGACGCCCAAGAGUGGUGGCAGCCCUGGGAAGGUUCCAGCACCUGCCAGUAAGCCUACCACGUGCCCUCAGGGCCCCGUGUUGGCCACGGAGGCCCGCAGCAAGGUGAGGCCCUGCGGCUGCUCCAGGAGACACAGCGGCAGCGGUCACCACCACCCGUCACCCCCGCCAGAGACGCCUAAGAACUGUUCCCAGGGCAGAGCGAGAAGCAAAUCUCCCAGCAAACCUGGAGGAGCAACGUCUCUCGAAUUGGUCACUUCUACGGGUUCUCACCUCUCAACACUACGACGGAAGUCACCUCUCCACUCUCAGGCCCUGCCUAUCAAGACUGGAAAUAACAGGUAUGUGAGCACACUGGUAUGGGUCCCAAGGAUGCAGCCUCGCAAAUUUUCCACAACUAUAAUAGUGUCGACUGAAGAACCUAUCUUCACUGAUGCCAUCUACAUCAAGAGCACACCAUGUCCAAAAUCACGAAACACCCUGGAUGAAGCAAGAAAGCACUGAUGGUAGUGUUUAGUGUCACCAUAUUCAUCCUAAGCAAACUGCCACAGUAUCGGGAAACUCGACAUGAUGAGCAUUUAUAUCAGCAGGGAGAGAGUCAAGUUAUAUACCAGUCAUUCCAUGGGUGAUCGGAGAGUAUCAUCAGUCUUCUUUAUUCCAGUAGCAAUUGCAUGAUCAAUGUCUGCAAAUAUGUCUUCAGAUUUUUAUUACUAAAUUGGUAAAUUAUAGAAUAACUGGAUAAAUUACCAGACCUUUGUGGCAAAAACUGCAUUAAUUUUUUAUUACAUCAUUUUUUUAUCUAUAAAUGCCAACCCAGUAUCAGUUACAUACAUACAGUAUAUUUUAGGUUAACUGUAAUGAAGGGAAAAGGAGGGGGGAUAUGGAUAUCAAACUAUCAAUAUACUGUACUGUAUUUGAUGAAAAAAAACUCAAAACAUUAUAAAAAUACCUUUGACUAUGGUACCAGUUUUCAAAAAAAAUUAUAAAAAAAAAGUUAACCCAAUUUGUAAAAAAAAAAAAAAAAUCAGGCAUUUAAAACAACUGAGCCACCUUC